AUGCAGCCCGUGGACUAUUUGAAGCGCUUUUUUAGCGGCCUGCGUCGCCGGACACGAAGGCCACGAGGGCGCAACCUGAAACAAUCUCGCAAAAGAUUAAAGUUUGCGGGAGGCCAUGGGCCGGCUGGUACAGCUCGAUUCGUGCAGCGACGGCAGGCGGCACCUGCACAUCAUGAAUCUUCGAGUGCGCUUCUAGCUCCCCGACUAGAAGGAGAUCAGAUUGACGAGCGCCGAAGGGCAUGGUGCAUGGCCGCUGCGCUCGGAAAGAUUAUUGCGAUGGCGACGGCGACGGCGAUUGCGAUGGCGAACUUCGGCGACUCAGGCGUGUACGUGUGGCAUAUCGGGCGCAGCACCCGGUUAGUCAAGUAG